AUGUUCCGUGCAGCCGGCGAGCAGCAGCGCGACCUUGAACGUGGCCGCAGCGGCAAUCGCGAUGCCACAGAGAUUGUGCCGCUGCUGCACGCUGCGCCGCGGCUGGUGCCCGCGCCGAGCAGACAGCUGUCCCCUGGGGACCCCUUGACCGCCGGCGCCGGCGCAGGUCUGGACGAUGAAACCCAGAUCAACCUGCUCGAAACAUUCGGACGGCCGCCGAGCGGCGCCUCCGUGCCGCAGGAUUUUGCCGGAGCGGAGGGCGCGCCGCAGCCCCCGCCCCGCCGCCUCGGCGGCGCCCUCGCGCCGCUCCGCUGCCGCGCCGCGUUCGAGUGCGCCGCGGCGCUCGCGGAGAGCCCGCGGCUGCCGGCCGCCGGCGACGCGGACGCGGCGUGGUCGGCGCCGCGGGCCGCCGCCCUCGUCCUUAUCGUCUCCUUAUCCCUCGUGGCCCUUUGGUACGCGACGCCCGCCAACAUCUUCUGGGUGGUGCAGCUCAUGCGGCGCAACACCGCCUGGAGCAUCGCGCUCUUCACGCUCGCGUUCACGGCGGGCGUCAUCCUCAUGCUGCCCGGCAUGCUCUUCAGCGUCGCGGCCGGCGCCGCGUUCGGCUUCGGCGCGGGCGCGGCUGUGUCGUUUGUUUCCACUGUCACGGGCAUGACCAUUGCCUUCUUGUUGGGGCGCUACCUGCUGCAUGAUUUGGUCGCGGCUGAGCUGCUGAAGCGGGUGCCAAACUUCAAGGCCAUAGACAGGGCCGUGGCGGAGGAGGGCUGGAAGCUCGUGCUGCUGCUGCGGCUGUCGCCGCUCAUGCCCUACAACGUCAUGAAUUACGUAAUGGGCGCCACCUCGAUCCGCCUCGUCCCCUAUGCGCUGCCCUCAGCCGCCGCGGCCCUGCUCUACUCGUGCCUCUUUGCCUACCUGGGUUCCGCUGCAGACGACUUGCUGCUGCUCAUGAGCGGCGGGGCGUCCGCAAGCGUCGGCGGCGCGUGGCUGGCCGCCGCCGGCUGCGUCGGGCUCUGCUCUGCGUACGGGCUGCUGAGGAUCUGCCAGCGGCUUAUACUCGCGCCGCCCGGCGGCGACGCGGGCGGGGGGGCGCGGCCGAAGGACGGGCCCCCGCAGCAGCAGCAGCAGGAGCAGGCGCAGCAGCAGCAACAGCAGCAGUCGGAGCAGCAGCAGGCGGCCGCGGGCGGGGCGGGCGGCGGGCAGCCGGCGAAAGAAGGGGGCCGGCCGGCGCGCGCGUCGGGCGCCGCCGGCGUCGUUGGCGCGGGCGGGUGCGGCGGCGCGGCGCUGCGGGCGGUCAAUACCUACGUGAUCACGAACCCCUCCUUCGGCCGCGUGCGGCGCAUGUCCGUCACGUCCGUGGUGUGA